AUGGCCGAGUGCUACUUCUGCGGCGACAUGCCGGCGGUGGUGUACUGCCGCGCCGACGCCUCGGGGCUGUGCCUGCCGUGCGACCGCCACGUCCACGGCGCCAACACGGUCUCAUCCCGCCACGCCCGCGCCCCGCUCUGCGCCGCCUGCCGCGCCACCGGGGCCUCCGUCCGCCGCGGAGGUGCCGCGCGUUUCCUCUGCUCGGACUGCGAUUUCGAAGAGCGCAGCCGGGGCGGGGAGCCGGUGAUGCACGACCGUGGCACGGUGGAAGGGUACACCGGGUGCCCCUCGGUGGGCGAGCUCGCGGCGAUCCUCGGCGUCGUCGUCCACGGGUGUGGCGGCGAGAAGGCGCAGACGAAAGAGGGGUGGCGGCCUGUCUGGGAGGAGCCCCAGGUGCUCACCUUCGACGACGUCAUCGUGCCCACCACCUCCUGCCAUGGACUCCAGCCUCUGAUCACUUCGUCCUCCCGCAUGAACCGGAGUCCGCCCAGUGGGGAGCCGGACGGGGAGGUUAUCCGGCAGCUGGGUGAGCUUGCCAAGUCGGAGGUGGUGGCUGCGUAUGUCGAAGCGGAGCCGGCCAGUGAUCUGAUGCAUCCAUGGGCAUCUUCAGGUUAUGGUUUUGGGCAUGGCGAUUUGGGACCUCUUGGGACCGAGGCCGUCAGCAAGGAGGCACCAAGCAUCGUUGUGCCUUGUCAGCACCAUGAUGCAUGGACUGCAGUCGAUCGCAGCGACGUCUCUCCAGACAAGCACGAGCAAGUCCCAGCGAGUUCGCCGGCAGAACCGAGCCUGUCGUUGUUCGUGGAGAUAGCAGAAGUCUGCCCCGCCCUGAGCUGCCGCAGCAGCAGCAUCGACCUCGCCAACCGCGGCCACGACGACCACCCGCCGGCACCGGUGGCGGCGAUGCCGGCGCCGGAACCGGAAGCGGCUCAGCCCAAGAGCGGCAGCUACGACAUCGCCUACCCCGACCGUAGCGUGGUGAUCUCGCGCUACAAGGAGAAGAGGAAGAACAGGAUAUUCGGGAAGCAGAUCCGGUACGAGUCGCGCAAGGCCCGCGCCGACGGCAGGCCGAGGAUCAAGGGGCGCUUCGCCAAGUCGACCGAGAUUUGAUUUAAGCCUCUGUACGUGGAGUACGGACAUAGGGCAGCGUCGCCAUGGCAAUGCUAGUGCUACCAUGUACUCGUUACCUCCACUCCACAUGAUGUGUGUAUGUGCCAGCUUGUACUAUCUUCCAACCAGUACAUUUUACACCGUUUCACUAGCAGGUUCUUCGUGACUGGUUGGAUUCACCUGUUGGUGGUGAUGCUUCAGUUGAGUGUGUCACAGGAGCAGUAAUCUUGUUAGCAUUUCUCCUCCUACUUGACAUCACCAUAUAUGAAAGGUGCUUUUGUUAGAAUGUCAAAGGACUGCUCAUUAUCCAAGAAAAAUCUUAU